AUGUACCAGCUCUCAGUCGCGUUGUACCUUCUGGGCCAUGAUGGUAGUGGUGCCAACAUGAACGGUGUCGGCCAUACUUUUGGAGUUUCUGAGGGCACAGCGACCUUGUGGACCAAACGUGUUGUGGUUGCUAUAGUCUCCCUCGAGAAGCAGGCAAUGCGCUGGCCAGACUCGGCUACCAGGGCCGCCCUUGUCAAGAAGUUUGCGGAGGAGGGAAUCCCUGGAGGGUGUGUGGGCGUCGUGGACGGAGUCAUGAUUCCGUUCUACCAAACCCCAGCUCGUCCAGACGCUGCUGAUUUCUUUUCCUACAAGUCCAGAUCAUGCCAUGAUGCUCGAGUAUUCAACGCGUCAGGCCUCAUCCAGAACGCCGCACAGCACUUCACCCCUGGACAGUACCUCCUGGGGGACUCUGCUUUCCCUGCUGGGGACUACUGCGUGCCAAUCAUCAAGCUCCAGCGUAAUGCACAGCGCCUUGAUCCACCCGAGGCGGAAUUCAACCUCAACGCCUCAUCAAUCCGCGUACUCAUUGAGCAUACCUUUGGGAUGGCUAAGCUUUGCUGGCAGUGUUUACGAGGUUUGCGCAUGCGGAUGAAGAACGAGACGGACGAGGCUAUCGCCACUGGCAUGAUCCGCGCGUGCUUCAUCCUUCACAACCUUCACGUCGCUACAGGAGAUUGGUACCGCCAGGACAGCAACCAUGACCCUUUGACUGACGCGGAGAGACAGGAGUUGGAGCAAGAUCGGGCGCAAUGGGUCCAGAACAGGGGGGCGGGCAAUGGGGCAGGCAAUGGGGCAGGUGAAGAAGAACAAGGAGAAGUCAUUGAGCUGUUGGGUCUUGGGGCUGUCGACACAGGGUGA